UGCACAAAUGACGAACGUUCAACGUACACAACAUGUAAACAUGGAGUGUCGCUGAAGGAAUUACUGUCAAAAAUACGGUGGAAUUAUCAACCUUUUUCAUCCCUUUCCAAUCCCAAAGAUCAACGCCAUGGAUAAGUUCCGAACGGGGGUCCAUAAUAAUGUGGCUGCUGCCACACCUAGCAGUGGAACCUACAUUAGUGGCAGCGCUAGUACCCCGACCCCUACAGCCACCACCCCGUCCGGCGCGCCUGCCGGUGUCACCCCGCUUAGUUCCGCCUGGAAAACCACGCUGGCGGCCACCACCACGGUCUCCACAAUGAGUCGGAGAAGGAAUACGUAUAACAAGAAGAAACAACACUCAGGAACUUCGCUGCGCCCGCCGAGGGCGCUGUUUUGCCUUACGUUGGACAACCCUGUGCGGCGGAUGUGCAUCAGUAUCGUCGAAUGGAAAUAUCCUUUUGAAAUACUUUAUGUGAUGAUGGAGUUUACAGAUAAGUAAAACAUUUGGAAACAGUGCAUUUAUUGUAGGUACACGUGAUAUUUUACUAUACUGCUAUACAGUGUGGUUGGAGAAGUUGAUUUUGUUUCACCUAAAGGGCACUUUCUAUGUGAGCAUUGUGUUUGAUGCAAAUAGAUCGAUGACA